AUAGUUGUUCAUUUGGAGAGAAAUCCUGGUAAAUUUAUACAUAUUCCAAACCAAUAACUCCAAAAAAUAGGAAAAUAACGAGAAUCACAACAAUAUUCAGAAACAUCCAUAGGGGAAUUAAUAACCCGAGCUGAGUGUUAAUGAUAGGUGGCACCACUGCACCCGGCUACAGUGUUGUUGGCGUGGGAGACGAAACCUAGUGACCUUUUCCGCCUCCAUUCAUUAACUGGUGUACUUUCUGAGGAGCUACUGGGAUACCGGGACGGGCAAACACCACACUUACCUCCCACUCAAGACCUUGUCCGCCUCAGUGUCGAGCAUUUGGCCCUGUGUCAACAACCAUUCUGACGCUGAAAUGCUGAUGGCCGCAGCUCCAGUACCAGUGAUCAGUGCAACUAAUCACCGCCCACACUCCCGCCCCGUGACCAUCACUCGCCCCAUGACACCCCUAAGUGACGCCCUUCCCCGACCCGUGCCACCCUUGCCGUCACAUGCCACACCACCACCCGCUCUGCCCGUGUCCUUGUACGUGGGUGUGUCCGUGUCGUCCCAGCUGGUGGACGUGAGGAGGUUCCCAAGCGGUGGUCAGGGGGAGGAGCUGCCCGUGUUGAGGGUGACCCCGCAUGACCUGACCUAUCGAGGGGAGGGCGCCGACCACAUCGUCCUCAGGGUCAUUGGCAAGGGGCAGGUGGUUCGACUGCGCAAGACGGCCGUAGGGGGAGUGACCAGCCGGGAAGAUCUAAUCCUCCGGGCCACCAGGGAUGAAGACUUCCUGCACAACGUGGCCCGUCCCAUCCUCGGCCCCUUACUGACCGAUGAGUCACGCCUUGCCAUCUUAGACCCGGAGACUCUGACAGCCCUCAAGCACACCGUCGAACCCAGGAGACAAGGUUAUCGUCAACACAAAGAGAUCAACAAUCAUGGCGUCGCCUGCAUCUGUCCCGACGCAGCCAGUAUCUUCAUAUCCAGACGUGACACUUCUUCAUCGUCUUAUUUAUCAUCGUCUUAUUUAUCAUCGUCUUCCGCUCUCCUGAUCCCGUCGUCACUGCCACGCCCUCCUUCCUCUGUACCAUCAUCGCCUUCGUCAUCGCCUUCGUCAUCUAACACCGCUUCCCUCGACGCUAAUUCAUCACGUCUUUCUCCUGCACCUUCGUCAACGCCACCUUCUUUAUUCUUGCCGUCGCCUCUUACCACCGCCUUCACCACUCUCUCCUCGUCGUCACCACAACGUCGUCCCUUUAUGCCAUCGUUAUCAUCGUCGUUGCCCAUUGCCACUAGCCUCUUCACUCCUCCAUCGUCGUUUGAGUUAGCACGUCCUCGCCAACAAGUGAGCAUCGCCUCUUUAGUGCCACCCACAGAAUCUCAAGGAAUAAACAACAAUGUGAAUCUCAGGGAAUUUCUACUCCCCAAGAAGAGUACAAAUGUUAGCGGCGACACUGCCUCUAGAACAUCACCUGGAGCAGGUCUACUAGAGGAGAAUGGUAAUAUAGGAAUGUCAGCAACUAGAAGUAAUAGUCUAGGAGAAGACGGUCUUCUAGAUGCGAAACCAUCAUUUAGAGAAAGUCUCCCGGAUAGAGAAAGUAAUACCAGAGGCUCAACUAGUAGGAAAAAGACUGUAGGGGUGGAGAGGAACCUGGAAGCGACGUCAUCAUCCAUAAAUGGUUUUCUAGACAGUAAUAGUGAAAUGUCGGCGAGUACGUCUACAAAUCUAGGACUGGAUGGGAUUAUUCUAGAGAAGACACCAACAUCUUGGAGAAGGACGCAAGGAACGGAUAUGUCUCUAGAAGCGACUCUCCCGGGACCCAUUGAAGCUGUGGAGCCUAAGAAUGUGUGCAUAGAGAUCAAACCCAAGCAAGGCUUCCUGGACUACUCCACGCCGGAGCUACCACUGUGUCGCUACUGUGUGAAGCAGUUCCUCAAGCGGCGCGUCAAGGAUGGUCAUGGUCGAAGUAGUUACUGCCCAUUGGAUCUCUUCUCUGGAGAGCCGGAGAGGAUGAGACGGGCUGUGAACGGCCUCAUACUGUCACCCCAGAACAACUUCAAGGUGUUUCUGGAUGGUGAGCCAAUGGACGACUGUAGACCAUUCAGUUACCUUCGAGAUGUGAUCAUUGCGGCCCUGAGGUUUGAUUUCGCGUCAGGCACCGCAGUCAUACCUCAGGGCCCUGGAUCGUUGAGCCCCAGGUCACCCCUAGGGAGAAUCCUGGCCUUCCAGACCUUGGACCAACUGGGUGUGUUCAGGGCCAGUAGACUGUACCAUAGUUAUGUGAGACGUUUGGGUGACUCCAGGGCCGCCGACGCCACACUCCAAGACCUAAGGUGCUGGACGGGCGACACACAGUACUGCCGGGCGCCCCGUGACCUCCAGCAGUGUACCAGGUGUAAACAAGAUGACCAGCACGAUGCACCCCUCCUCCACGCCGCCACCAGGAAGAGGAAACACCACCUCCUGAAAAACGAAUCCAGAAAAACGAUGAACACUGAAUCUCCAAUGAAAACAGACAAGCUUGUCAAUGUUGUUGCAGCAGGUGACCACAGUGACGGCAGCUUACGGAGUACUGAGGAGCUGCAAGUUAAGAGUGUAUCAACUGAUGACGAUGGAGGCAGUGAGGAUGAGGAAGACAUGAGUGAGGAGGAGGUGGUGAGGAAGUUACAAGAGUAUCUGCUCUCCACCACAGCCAAGGACCUGUCCCUCAUGAUCCUCCUGAGUGGACCUCACACCAGUGCCCCUCCACCCAGCACUGGACCCAACACCUCACCCUUCAUCAUCGAGUUGGAGGCCGGGGUGUGGUUUAAGUGUCAAGUGACGGGGGUGGACCUUGUCGCUAAACCCUCGAGUAAGAUCGUCAAGCACGAGCGGGACUACAAGCGGUUGAGGGAUGUUUUAGUGGAGCUGAGGAGUCGAGGCGAGGAGCCGAUGUGUUGUGAGGUAUAACGUUGCCUUACUCCUUAACAGCGUCCCUAAACUUCCCUCGACCGUCAACAUCUUCCAAAUUUAUACAGAACAUCAUUGUGCCUGAGUUGAAUAAUAUUUUUUAAGUAUUUAUUAAUCAUCCGAAGUGCUUAUCAUAUCGCUGGGUCUUGGUGCUAAAGAAUACAUAAAUUAAACCUUCGAAUUAUCGUCAUCUUUUACACAACAGGUGGUGAGGAAAGGUGAUGUCAUGAGUGUUACAAGUUAAUGUGUGUCCGUACAGCCGCAGGAACCACACGAGUGUUUUACGGUUUAACGAGAGUGGUGUGAGGCAGCUGGUGUCUGUCAGGUGUACGGUAAGAGAGGUGUGGCAGGUGUGAGUAGUAGGUGUGGCAGGGACAGGGAGGUGUUUUUGUGGGUGUGGUGAUGGAGAGGGUGACGUCACUGGUGUGGUAGGUGUCUAGGGAUGACGUCACAGGUAUGGAGAGGGUGACGUCACAGGUGUGGUGGUUGAGAAGGUGACGUCACAGGUGUGGUGGUUGAGAGGGUGACGUCACAUGUGGUGGUUGAGAGGGUGACGUCACAUGUGUGGUGAUGGAGAGGGUGACGUCACUGGUGUGGUGGUUGAGAGGGUGACGUCACAGGUGUGGUGAGGGUGACGUCACAUGUGUGGUGGUUGAGAGGGUGACGUCACAUGUGUGGUGAUGGAGAGGGUGACGUCACUGGUGUGGUGGUUGAGAGGGUGACGUCACAGGUAUGGUGAGGGUGACGUCACUGGUGUGGUGGUUGAGAGGGUGACGUCACAUGUGUGGAGAGGGUGACGUCACAGGUGUGGUGAUGGGGUAUGUGUGAUAACCAUACCAUUGCACCAUCUUGAGGUAUUGUGAUAACAACUGUCUCUAAUACUUGAAAUAUUUGUUCAUUUGCAUUCUUGUGCCUUAUGAUUCUCCUACAUAUUUGUUUUAGUUGCUGGGCGUAAGGACCUCAAGUCUAGUAGGCCCCGGUUCUAAUAUGCUCGAGUCCUAAUGGGCCGCUAUCUUAAAAAGACCUCAGCUUCAAUAGACACCAGUCCUAAUAGAUUACAGUUUUAAUAAGUGCCAGUACUAAUGGCCUCCAGCUCUAAUAGGCCUCAGGUUCUAAUUGGCCACAUUUGACCAAUUACUUUUGUUUGAGUCCAGUGGUUAGUAUACUCUUUAUGGGCCAAUAGUUAGUAGUGGCGUUGGAGCCAUUUCACCAGUUCACUUAAAGACUAAAUCACCCAGAGUAGAAUUGAGAACGGAAGACAAUUAUGAGUAUUCUUAUUAUCGUAAUAUUUUUUUUUUCUAAUUUACGAUUCCCGUCACGCGAUUUUUAGUUUACAUUUACGCUUAAAUUACCAUAAAAAAACAACAUAUUUAUACGGAUUUUAAAGAUAUAUUCCCCCCAAGAGAGAACAAUUGAAAUACCAUACAAUAAUCCCAUGAAACAAAAUCGCAUCAAAUCAUCUUUAUUUUAAUUGUAAUCAUCCAUUUAGGUUAAGUUAGAUCAUUUUAUGUUAGCUUAGGUUAAUUUGGGUAAGUUUCUUGGGGAUUGUUUUUCUCAGCCGCAACUAUUGGGUUCCCGGUGGAUGUGAAAAUUGCUAUAGUGAUCAGCCGCAAAUAUUGGGUUCCCGAUGGAUGUGAAAAUUGCUAUAGUGAUCAGCCGCAACUAUUGGGUUCCCGAUGGAUGUGAAAAUUGCUAUAGUGAUCAGCCGCAAAUAUUGGGUUCCCGAUGGAUGUGAAAAUUGCUAUAGUGAUCAGCCGCAAAUAUUGGGUUCCCGAUGGAUGUGAAAAUUGCUAUAGUGAUCAGCCGCAACUUUUGGGUUCCCGGUGGAUGUGAAAAUUACUAUAGUGACCAGCCGCAACUAUUGGGUUCCCGGUGGAUGUGAAAAUUACUAUAGUGACAGACAGGUGUUCGUACUGUCUCUGUUUACAUACACUGCCAUAUGAAGCCAAUGAUUUUAUUUAAUAAGAGAUACAGGUAAUUCUUUAUUGUCCUCUGUUAAAUGUUGAGUACUUUAUUACACCACUGAGUACGUUAUUAUUGUUCUUAUUUUACUAUUAUUUGUUAUUAUUUUUACUGUUACUAUUGUUUAUGUUAUUUCUGUGGGUUUUAAGCCUGGUGGUAGUAAUAAUAUAUUUUUUUAUUAUUAUUAUUAUUAUUAUUAUUAUUAUUAUUAUUAUUAUUAUUAUUAUUAUUAUUAUCAAUUAUAGUAGUAAUAAUAGCCAGUUGAAUUAUCGGUGUUAUUCCUAUUAUUAUUUUUACCUAGACGUAGAAAACAAGCAAACACCACUAAUCCAAUUCCACAAAUUACCGAAUCAUAUUAAUACCGAAUUAUACUGAUACCCUAUACUGAAUUAUACUGAUACCGAAUUAUAGUGAUGCCGGGUUAUUUUGAUACUGUAGAGACACAUUGUAAGAGGGGAAGUUCUUAGGCCAGUUUAUUAUAUGUCAUCUGUUUUCUUUCCAUGGCUGUGAUAAUGACGGCAGCUUCAAGUGGUGGUGAAGGGGAUUAGGACAGAGAAGGAAUACCCGUGCAUCUUAGCUCCCCCCAAAACCCACCCAACACCCCCAAAAUCCCACCCCACCUCCAAAAACCCCACCCCACCUCCAAAAAUCCCACCCCACCCCACCAACACACUCCACCCUCAUUUAACUUCUUUUUAUUAUCGAGGAUUUUCUCUUACCAAUAAAAAUAAUAAGUAAAAUAAAAUGAUGUAUUUACUAAACUUUUUAAAUUUGAAAUAAGGAAAAUAAUUGGUGGUUUAUGUUGCUGUGUUGAAGAGAUGUUUGAUAUUGAAAUUUUUGGCGUCUGAUUUGUCAAAUUUUAUCGUCCUGUAAUACAAAACGUUUCUUAUUGGUCAGUCUGUGGCUCACCAUCGUCUCUUAUAUCAAGCUUCAGGACCCAGAAUCAUUGACUUAACCCUUCAGUCCGAUGACGACCGCUUGAUUAUAUAAUAUUCAAAAGGUUGUCAUCAUACUCAAAAGGUUAAGAUUCUUACAUUAUUUCUUCCCUAUACGUUAAUGAAAUCGAACUGUUCUAUGGACUGUAAAAUCCCAAUGCUAUUUUGUCUAUUAACGUUUUAUCAAAAUUAAAAAAAUGAAGCUCUCGAAUCUGCUGCUAGAGGGAGAUGUUUAUGAUGUUCCCGAGUGACGAGUCAAAUGAGCUUCGUAAAUGAUUAUAGGUUUGACUUGGGGAGGGCUUAUCAGGAUUAUAGGUAGCCAUUUGACUCGUUAUACCGCGUAACUGUGCAACAACGAACCAACUGUGCUAUUUCCCACGCAGAGAAAUGUGAAACUGCCAUAUGCUAAACUAGUCAAAGGUUAUACCACCACACGCUGUCAUUGUGUACAACCGUCCACAUUACACAACGAGAUGUAAUACGUUUGUUUACCUCUCACGUGUCACUUCCUUGUAUGUUCAUUUUUGUUAGUAAUUAAGGGUAAACAUAAUGUAGUAGCAGAGACACAGCCAACUGUUAUUAUUAGUCCUGGGAUCGAGUUGAGCUAUGAAGAUUGCCAUCAUCUUAGCGCGGGUAUAUGUACGUUAAUUAUUUUGGUCUGUUAGUUAUCGUCUACUCAAGGGGUUAAGGAAAGGGUCAUUAUUGUGUUAGAUCAAGAAGAUAAGGAGGGAUAAGAUGGCCCAGAGACAUUCCAGAAUCAGUGUAAUAGUUUGUUCAAUAUUUUACUCGUCUAAACUGCAUAAAAAAUACAUUUGGGUAAAGAAAAACUAGAUCCGAGAAGUGAGACAUGUGAGGGAAGACUGGUAAAAAAAAAGAAGAAAUCUGAAAGAUAUUAGAAUUCUGAUUAUUUAUUCAGAAAUAAAAGGAUAGAUAAAGGAAUAUCCACACAGUUCCAGUAUAUCAAUAUGGUGCCCCAACCUGUGAUGUUCUUGUGGGUUUUGACAUUUAGAAUUUAUUUGGGAACAUCAAGAGGUCGUGCCUUAGUCUAGAUAUGAAUGAAUGCAAAUAGAGUUAUAAAACAAUAAUGAAAAUACUUAAGAGUUAUUAAAGAUAGAGAGGGAGAGGGAGAUCCGGUACUGGAUAGAUCUGGAUGAACCUCAUGUGACCCAUUGUGUUUUGGAGAAUGAAUUAUGUUUUUCGAUGUGAGAAGUAAUGUAAUUGUUGCUUCUUGCCUCCACACCUUGAGGCGGCUCCGUCAUUCAUUCCAUUUCUCUAUUGUUUCUUCUUUUCCGACGUCUGUUUAUUUUGAAGUUUAUAAAGUAUAUUUGGGAGUGAAAAAGACGCUCAAGUCGCAUUUACUCAGAAAACAAAUUUAGGGAUGACAGGAGGAAGUUUCACCUGCCAGGACGAGAGGCAGUACUGACACACACACACACACACACACACACACACACACACACACACACACACACACACACACACACACACACACCUAUUUCGUGGUAUUUUUUACCAGAAAGUGAGAAUUGUUAUUUACAAGACAAUAAAAUAUACUAAUAUAAUAUCAUAUGCAGGAUUUAAUCAGGAUCUCUAUUUUAAACCUUCUCGCUUGCAAGAUUUAACAAUAUUCUGCACAAAAGAUUUUAAUUACAAGAUGCAUGACUAAUAACAUCAGUUUUAUUGGUCAAAUGUUUUUAACUAAUGUAUAACACUGAGCAUCAAGUAUUCUGAUGUUAUAAUAUAUAUAGUCGGGAACACUGACUUACGCAUGUUGAAGGAGAAACUAAAAGUUUUCUCCCCUUUUAUGUAAAAUUUGGAAAUACUGAAAUAAUGCAAAAGGGCGUUGCAUAAUAUAUAUGUAGUGUCUGUUUUUCUAUUAUGUGUAUAAAGUUUAAAGCUUAUUACACACCGUGUAUUAUUUAUUUUUACAUUAACUGCAUCACAGCAAUAAAAUGAUAAGGUGAA